UGCAUUCACCCGUUAUUGGGAACAGCUUCCUCCUGAGCUUCACCACCACGUUUGGCAAUUUGUAACGGGCUAUGACGAUAAAGUCGUAGUCUCAAGGCUCUCUCUAAUUUCGCAAGCCUGGUCCCGACAGCUACGACCUCAUCUUUUCGGCAACCUUACGCUAUAUAGCGAGGAGGAUUGUCGUAUCCUCUUCGGUAUAAUACGUUCCCCGCUAUCAGGCUGGCUUGCGGACCACCGUACGUCGCUAUGUUGUACUUCGAAAACACUUGGUUCCCUAGUCAUCCACUUUGGAUGACGCUUACUCGACUCUUACCGGCGUGUCGUACCAUCUAUCAGCGGAUGCACGGCUAUUACAACAUCCCACUUGGACAUUUGUCACAUAGCGCAGCUCUGAAGAGCUCGUUGCGGGGCAUCAACUCUUUUGUCCUGUUCCGUUGUAGUUUUCUAUCAUCCCGAACUUUGUUCCGCGUUCUGGGGGAUAUCACUCACCUAGAGGCUGUCGAUCUCGAGGAAGUUAUAUGGUCAGGCAAUCCCCUCAUGACGUUUGAUACCGCAAACAACAUCUGCAGUGGCACCUUCAACAGCAUCCGCUUAAUAGAGCUGCAGAAUUGCACAAACAAUCUGGCAGUGCCCGCUUGGUUUCUGGCCGCUGCGAGUACACAUCAUUCGUUCAUCCGACGUCUUGCAGGACCGGCAGUCACUGUAGAAACAUGAACCAUCACCAAGCUUAUCCAGACGUUUUUAGGCGAUCCCAGAGUCCUCUUUUCACGAUUCAAGGUUGUGGAAGCAACUUCGGGUG